AUGGGUGAGCUUACCGAGUUAAUAUAUUUACCACUAAAUGAAGAUAUUCAGCUUACAUUUACAAGUUUCAAAGACCAUCGAGUUAUUACUUGUGUUGAUUAUUUUCCAAAAGAAGGAUAUGGUCAAUGUCAUAUUUACUCAUGUCCAUAUACAUUAACGGAUUAUGAUAAUAUAACGAACAAUUUUUCAGGGGGAUUAUUCAAUAGUGUUCGAAAAAUAACAUUAUUUGAUGAACGUCCUUUUGAACAUGAAUUUUUUAUUCAAAUUUCUCAAUCAUUUCCUUUUCUGAAAGAAUUAACUAUAUUUAAUUCAGAACCACAACAAUUCAAACAAGAACAAGAGUCAAAUAGUGACAACCGAAAAUUUUCAAUUAUUAAAUAUUCUCAUCUGACGAAACUUAAACUUGUACGUGUUCAUGAUGAUUAUGCUGAACAAUUUUUAUUUGACACAAAAACAUGCCUAUCAAAUUAUAUUCGAUUGUCAAUUGAUUAUGAUCGAUUGCAACGUGUAACACAUAGUGUAGGUAGUAUUGAUGUUGAUCAAGUAUCAUCACAUGGAACAAUUUCAUCAAAUGGUGUCUCACCAUCAGUUGUUGAGAAUCUUCAUGCACUUCAAUCAAUAUUUGUUGAUUCAUUAUCAACUGUUCAUCCAAAUGUUCAAAGAAAUUUAGAACAAAUACUUCAAAUAAAUCAACAACAACCACAAUUUGAAAAUCUUCAAUAUUCUCCUCCAUCAUUAUUAGUAACAUAUUCAAGUACAAAUAGUGGUGGAUCAAAUAAUGGUAAUCAUAAUCGGUCAACAACAUCAUUUUCAGGUGUAACACAAAGUUCAACAAUUGAUAUUAAUUUAAAUGGUCUUUUUCAAGCAUCAUUAAUACGUCGUAUGGAACAAUCAAUGCAAGUUCGAGCAAAAUUUGGUUCAUUAGGAGGACCACAAGAAUGUCAAUUUAAUGUUCCACAUGGUUUUUGUCUUGGUAUUCAUGAAGAAGCAAUUGUUGCGAAUAAAAAUAAUCAUCAAAUACAAAUCUUUGAUAAAAAUGGUCAAUAUAAAUAUCAAUUUGGUAUGCCGAAAAAAGAAGAAGGACAAUUAUGGUAUCCAAAAAAAGUUGCUGUUUAUUACAAGAAAAUUUCUAUUCGUUAUAUUGAUAUUGUUGCUAGUUUAGCUAUUACACAACAAGGAAAUAUUCUUGCUAUUGAUUCUGUAUCACCAACGGUUUUUUGUAUAAAUGAUGUAAUCAUUGAUGAUUCACACGGAAAUCGUUUUCAUAUAGCUGUAUUUACACGUACAAGUGAUUUUUUACAAGAAUUUCAUUGUCCAUAUGUGAAAGUUUCACGUUGUUGUGAAUUAAAAAUAACAUCGGAUGGUUUUAUCGUAACAUUAACCAAAAACAAUCAUCAUGCACUUGUUUUAAAUAGCCUUUAUUUAACAUAA